AUGGCAGCAGCCUCAGCUUCCCUCCGGCAGAAGCUUUUCAACUUGCGCCCUCCCGCUCUUCGCUCCGUCUUUUCAACCGGUUCUGGAUGUCUUACGGGGAAGCGCGUCGCCAGAUACAUUCCCGAAGAGUGCAAAUCGUACUAUUUCCCAGAUGGCCGUCUUUGGACAACACCGGAGAACACCGAUUUCCUCUCCAGAUACGGUAUCGAGCAUGACAUCUCGCGGGCAACCGUCCCGGCGAUGGAUCCCGAAACGCGCCAGAUCGUCAAGAAAUUCAGGGCCACCUUGUCCUUCUGUCCCCGCCACAUAAUUGAUCCCCUCUAUGUCAAAUACCUGGAUCCUCGAGGCCAUCCUUUGGGGGCCUCGCAGAAGGCAAAGUGGGCUCGGUGGUCCAAGGAACGGCCGCUGUGGUUGAUAUGUUCGGUCAACGGCGGCCCCAAGCGUGUGGUGCGCUUGAGAGCGAUGCGACGGGUCCGACAUGCCCUAUAUACAGCCCUUGAAGAAAGUGGCUAUGACAAGUACGGCAAUGGGAAGGGCAGAUGCAUCAGGGGAACGUUGCGGAUCCAUCUGAAUAAUGCCUUGGAGGCAGUCUCUAUCCCCUCGCAUGAGCUGGGGCCGCCCUUGGUGAAACUUCUGGAAAAGCUCACCUCUCAAACUACAACUAGAGGUACUGCACCAAAGCCCAGUCGCAGGACUUCCAGACCUCGUGCUUGGUAG